AUGAGUGAGAAGGACACGCCGCAGUAUCCCGGCUACCCAUCCCACUACUGGUAUCCUCAGUCCCAUUCCGCGGGUCACUAUGCAAAUACUUAUCCUUCUGGAUCUGAUGGCCAGCCGCAGUAUAAUCCCCAGGUGAUUUCUGGAGGUUAUCCAAAUGGCCAUGGGGUCUACAGCCCAGCACAGAGUCAAUAUUCCACAAGUGGUUUCCAUCCAUCCAAUCCUUUCUACUGUGCUGAUCCUCAGAGACCACCUCCAGUUUCUUACUCUAAUCAGAGCUGUCCUGCAGAGCAAAACAGUGGGGCAGCAGGACAGCCCCACUCACAAAACCAUCACUAUCCUGGUAUUCACUGUCAAGGGGGUCCUGGAUAUCCUCCGGGGCCAUAUUCUCACUACAGUGAAGGUGGGCAUGCAAUGCCUCCAAACCCGCUAUACACACGCACGACUGAUGUUUGGGAACACCAAGGGACGUAUGCUCCUACACAGCAGCAAUGGCAGCCUGGUCAACAGCUUCCUCAAAACCAUUAUGGAAAUCCUGUACGUCCGUUACACCCUCCUGCUUGGCCAGGGACUGGAACCGGUGCGCCACCACCUUACCAACCUAAGGACCAGCGCACCCCACAGGUUGGACCUAAGCCCAGAACAACUGCAUCCCCAAGUCGCACCAAUGGGAAACCCACAGAAAUUAGUUCACCUCCCCAAAUGUACAACAACGCAGGGCGAAUUGAUCAAAAUCACUCACAAGGUGAGCCCCCACCCUCUGCACCCAGUCAGUCAUUGGCUCCAGACAACCCUGGACCUCAGCCUGUGAGCGACAACCCCAGUUUAGCUCGAGUUCAACAAAUCAUGGUUAGGGUGCUACUUCUUCAGGAAGAUGUUGAUGAGUUUGUAGGGAAAAAAACGGACAAGAGUUAUCGAUGCCUGGAGGAACUUCUUACCAAAGAGCUGCUUGAGCUGGACUCUGUGGAGACUCAGGGACUUGAAAAUGUCCGUCAAUCUCGGAAGGAGGCUGUGCAGAGGAUCCAGGCAAUUCUUGACCAGCUGGAAAAGAAAGCAUUCUAA